UGAUAAAGACUUUGGGACUGGUGUGCUGAAGAUAAGUCCUGGACAUGAUCAUAAUGAUUAUCUUCUGGCUAGAAAACUUGGUCUUCCCAUUCUUAAUGUUAUGAACAAGGACGGGACACUAAAUGAGGUUGCGGGACUGUACUGUGGCCUUGAUCGGUUUGAGGCACGGAAGAAACUGUGGAAUGAUCUUGAGGAGACCGACUUAGCUGUGAAAAAGGAACCCCACACCUUACGAGUGCCAAGAUCUCAGCGUGGAGGAGAGUAAUUCUUUCUCAUAUUUUUCCCAUGUUUGGUUCUCUUAUUAGAUAAUAGAGCCACUAGUAAGCAAGCAGUGGUUUGUAACGAUGGAGCCCUUAGCUGAAAAGGCUCUUCAUGCAGUUGAAAAGGGAGAAUUGACCAUUAUUCCUGAAAGAUUUGAGAAGAUUUAUAAUCAUUGGUUGACAAAUAUCAAGGAUUGGUGCAUAAGCAGACAGCUAUGGUGGGGACAUCGCAUACCUGUUUGGUAAAUUGUUGGAAAAGAUUGUGAAGAGGAAUAUAUAGUUGCUAGGAAUGCUGAGGAAGCUCUUAUGAAGGCUCAUGAUAAAUACGGAAAAGAUGUAGAAAUUUAUCAGGAUCCUGAUGUUCUUGACACUUGGUUCUCAAGUGCUUUAUGGCCUUUCAGUACUUUUGGGUGGCCAGAUGAGUCGGCAGAGGAUUUUAAAAGGUUUUAUCCGACAAAAAUGCUUGAAACUGGGCAUGAUAUAUUGUUCUUCAGGGUUGCAAGAAUGAUCAUGAUGGGAUUUGAAUUCACAGGAACUGUUCCAUUUUCAUAUGUUUAUCACCAUGGUCUAAUCCGUGAUUCCCAAGGGUGUAAAAUGUCUAAAACUCUUGGCAAUGUUAUUGAUCCACUUGAUACUAUCAAGGAGUUUGGCACUGAUGCAUUGCGAUUCACUCUCGCAUUAGGAACGGCUGGUCAGGAUCUAAAUUUAUCUACUGAAAGGCUAACAGAAAACAAGGCCUUCACGAAUAAAUUAUGGAAUGCUGGCAAGUUUGUGCUGUACAGUCUGCCUAAUCGGGAUAAUGUUUCUGGUUGGCAGAACAUACAGGAUUGUAAGUUUAACACGGAGGAUUAUCUUCUAAGGCUUCCUCUUCCAGAAUGUUGGGUGGUCUCAAAACUGCAUAUGCUUAUUGAUGAUGUCACAUAGAGUUAUAACAAAUUUUUCUUUGGGGAUUUUGGGAGAGAAAUAUAUGAUUUCUUUUGGGGUGAUUUUGCCGACUGGUAUAUUGAAGCCAGUAAAGCUCGCCUUUACCACUCUGGAGAUGAUUCAGUUGCUUUAGUAGCACAGGCUGUUCUACUCUACGUUUUUGAGAAUAUACUGAAAUUAUUACAUCCAUUCAUGCCAUUCUUAACUGAGGAAUUGUGGCAGGUGUGGGCUUCAUUGUGUUUUACUAUGUUUUUGUUAAUACUU